UGCAUUACACAGAAGCUUGCUUGAAAAUAUAACUCCACGCCCCCCUUAAAUCUUCAAGUAAGCUUGCAUGCAUUACACAGAAGCUUGCUUGAAAAUAUAACUCCACGCCCCCCUUAAAUCAUCAAGUAAGAUUGCAAGCAUUACACAGAAGCUUGCUUGAAAAUAUAACUCCACGCCCCCCUUAAAUUUUCAAGUAAGCUUGCAAGCAUUACACAGAAGCUUGCUUGAAAAUAUAACUCCACGCCCCCUUACAUCUUCAAGUAAGCUGGCAUGCAUUGCACAGAAGUUAUUUAAUAGCAAAACCCUCUGCUCUCAGCUUCACAGUGUUCACAGACUUCUUGGAAAGUGCAUCGCUGCUGCUAGUUUCAUUGUUUUGCUUCCGAUUUAUUUUUGAAUUUGGAUUAAUCAUGCCUGUUGAGUGCUGCCCGGUCUGCUUUCGGAUGUACGUGAGGCUUAGCCAGCAUCUAGUGGUGUUCCACAGGGUGCAGAACAAGGACGAGAGGAAGCUUCUGCUUUCGCUGGUGUCCGGACGAGUGAAUGUCCGCGAGGGCAUUUGCCCUCUUCCGGGCUGUGGAAAGGAGACCACCAGGUUAGACCGGCACAUAAAGGUCCACACCGAGCUCUCCAGUGGAGCGCAGGAGGAUGCUCUGAGGGACAUUAAAAGGAAAAAAGUUUUGAAAGAAUUGGCUGUGCUCAGGGAGUCAAAUCCUACUGUUCCCAUGGUCUCCAUUCUGGACUUACAGGCGGACGAUGACCAGUUGUCUGAGCUGGAAGAUCAUGUGGUGCCUCAAGAUUGUGAGGAGGAAAAGGAGGCUGAGAGGAGUUUGUGUAACAGCCCACGUUGCAAGAAGAGAGGAGAGCGGUUCAAAGCGGAGAUUGCUGAUCUGAACAAACAGGUGGACACUUUGACCGAGACUGUUCGUGAUCUCACGCGGAGAUACAGAAAUCUAAAAAACAGGUCUUCUGGAGCUCCUCAAGCUGCGGGAAGGAUAAGGCAGAUAACAAAAAGACUCCUCUCCUCUCUUGGGCCCGAAGAUGAGGACAAGGAUGAUGCACCUGUCGACCCAGAAGAAAAUCCUCUUCCCCAGAGGCGCUCACCCCAGCCUACCACCAGUCAGCAGGCCAUCGCCAGAGGGGAGUCAUCAGCUCAUCAGAGGAAUGAAGAGAGAAGCCUGCCUCAUUACCCCGACCAUGUGUCUGUACUGAGUGAGUAACCUUUGCUUUUUUUAUAUUUUCUUACAUGUGUAACUUAUUUGAUGUGGCUAACGUAGGUGUAUAACGGACAUUACAUGUGUAACUUAUUUGAUGUGGCUAACGUAGGUUU